GACGGCGUAUGUUACCUGUUUCCUACCGUCAGUGAAAGCAGCACGAGAGCCCCAUAGUUGACACUUCUGUCGUGCGUCAAGCUAAAAAGGCUCAGCAUGUCUGAGAAAGAAUUGGGACAAAAGUGGGACCGAUGCCUGGCGGAUGGUGUCAUUAAGCUCGGCACGGGACUAAGCCUAGGAAUGGUCUUUUCUGUCAUCUUCUUUAAACGGCGCACGUGGCCCAUCACGCUGGGCUCAGGACUGGGCGUUGGCAUGGCGUACGCCAACUGUCAGAAGGAGCUGAGGUCACAUGACCUGCCACACAGGAAGGAACAAUAACUUCAAGACACGGACCUUCCUCUUUUUACUUUGGGAGCAUCUUGGCUUGUGUGGGAGUCAACAUUUGCACUCGGACGUUCUCCCAGUAUGACUCUGUAUGACCUGUAACUGUAUGUAUUUAUGUACAUACGUAUAUAUUUAUGUACGUACGUAUGCAUUUAUGUAUGUAGGCCAUCAGGACACUUUGUGUAAUAAAAUCUAUAUCAAAA